AUGAUUUUUUCUGAACACAAGAGAGUAUGUGUCGGUCAGAGUCUGUUAACGUCCAACCCGUUCGGUAAUCCCAGUCCUGUCCCGCCGUCGUCCCAGACAUGCGAAGUGAGUACCGAUUUAUUACAUGAAAUGUCAAAAUUAGUGCCAAAACUGGUCGCAUAUCUCAUCGACCACUGCCCGGACCUGUUCGGUGACCAAACCCUACGCCUAUUGGGCGCACCGGCAGCUCAGCUCAUACACCACGACGACCUACACCUGUCCUCCUCCUCAAGACAAGACUCUGGCGCCGAAGAGUCCGACAGCUUAAACAGUUUGCCCGACAGUAACGGCGCCCACAGCACCGGCAGCGGUACAGAUGACAGCGCCGGCAGUCGCAGCAGCAGUAAUGGGAACCACAGGUGCGACGACUCGUCUAUCGACAGCCUGGAACGGGCGCUGAUGGACGACACCUCCCGGGUAUCUCCCGGCGUCAGUCUGGAGGGUCGACCCGUGAACGCCUUGGCCAACAAGAUGUCGUUGUCUAACCUCUCGCACGACUCCGGCCUAACCCUCAGUGACACCCAAUUGUAUACACCGGACGAGGAUGAAGGCGCCGACGACUUGGAUCAGUUCCCGGGCACCGGUGGACAGACCUAUGGGCGCAAGACAUCGUCACCGCUGGCAUACCCGCCAUAUAUGGCUAAGUGCGACGACUCGUCUAUCGACAGCCUGGAACGGGCGCUGAUGGACGACACCUCCCGGGUAUCUCCCGGCGUCAGUCUGGAGGGUCGACCCGUGAACGCCUUGGCCAACAAGAUGUCGUUGUCUAACCUCUCGCACGACUCCGGCCUAACCCUCAGUGACACCCAAUUGUAUACACCGGACGAGGAUGAAGGCGCCGACGACUUGGAUCAGUUCCCGGGCACCGGUGGACAGACCUAUGGGCGCAAGACAUCGUCACCGUUGGCAUACCCGCCAUAUAUGGCUAAGUCGUCGCCCCAUUUGGAUCAGACAGGUCUGGACGGGACUGACCUAAACGUGACGUUCAGUUACGGCCGGUCUGUGGGCGUCAGUAUCGACGGCUCCUGUCAUGAUGUGGUGAUGCGGAAGCGCCGACACCUCCAGGGCCUACACCACACAAACAGCAAUGAUUUGUCACACUAUAUUAGCCGUAAUUCACGUACCGGUGCCGCGAAUGGACAGACACCGGCACAGACCUAUCACAACCACAACACAAAUGCCAAUAAUUAUCGCAAUAAUAAUCAUCACAUUUAUUAUAGACAGUCACAGCCGCCAGCUCUCAAUGGCCAUCACUACCAGCACAAUGGGAACGGCUAUCAUCACCACAACCAAUACAACCAUCAGCACAUCCCUAUCCAGUACUCCAAGUCAUACAGUUAUUUGCCCACAAAUGGCACGGAAGACCUUACAGAUGAGCACCCGAUGCUGAAUACCGGCGCAGACUGUCAACGAGAGUACCGGUACCGGCGCCCACCCCUGGCCGCUGUGUUGGGCGGCGCCCCGGCGUCGACAUCACAUACCUAUCACCGCCAGACGUCUGUUCCACACCUGAGACGGAGUUCCUCUGAGGAGAGUCUGGUGCGCACGUCGUAUGACGCGGUGGACGGGGAGAUGCCAUCCAACGGCUACUCCCUGGCCAACAGCCUUUCCCUCCAGUAUUCAACGCCCGUCCAAAACGAUUGGCGCCAACAGCCGGACAAGUAUUACAACAAUCAAUACGUCAGUAAUAAUCGAAACGCAACACAAGUGACACUCCGGGCGGACGUCCAUCACUACCCUAACAGCACCGGUAGUGCUAAUACCGGCGCCGCCCGUAUCGCCCGUCAAGAGUCCAACACUUCGGGCAACGGCCAAAAACCUGUCGACAACCGCGUCGCCAGUAUCUGCAGCUCCGGUAGCUCUGAGACAGCAUCCCAGCGCUCGUCCCUAUCAUCCGGUAAACAGUCCACGUCUUCAUCGCUGCGUAACGGCUCCGGUAUGUCGUGUCCGCCCAGUUAUCACGAGGCGAUGACUCGCAAAGAGAUGUUAUGUCGGGCGCAGAGUAGCGGUGCGCUUAACACGACUGGGCUGUCGGUCCGGAAGGGCUCGUCCGCCUCCACCACCUCAUCGACUCAUUCGUCACACAUAUACGAGGAGUCGGUGCGGGUCUACAACUCGGACAACAAGAGGAACGUUACCCACAGGGCUGUACCCGUAAGAGUGGCACCGGUAGACAACGGCCGAGCCGUCGACAGCGACUUAAUGCAGCGCCAAAUGGCCGCACAGGCCUCACAAGCGCACCGACACGUGCACCGGGAGCUGAGUGAGCCGGCACUACAGCCCGCCCACAAUACUGGCUCACGUAUUGUCCGCAUAUCUGCUCAACAAAAUCAUAAUAACGUCUAUCACUCACCCCUCCAGGCCUGCCAGUCCUCUAACGUGUCAGUGCUUCAGAGAAGUGCCAAAGACUUCACUCCCGAGGAGUGGCGUAAAGACAUUCACAGCAAUGUGGCCACACUUCGCAAGCUGUUCACCACAUCCCAGUCCACUAGUGGUCAGCCAAUGGACGGCAACACUCGGAACAUAUAUGUGCGCCAAACCGUCCGUCCCGUGUCGGUGCUCAUCGAGACGACCCCUAAGCGAAACCAAGUGUUAAAACAACGGCCAAACAGUACGUACGCCAACCUGAAGGACAGUUGUGUAUCGCAGGCGCCCAAAGGCGUGACUGUUGUACACGUCGGACAGACUACCGGUGCCGGUGAGGGGCAUAUCAUCACAGGUGUGGGCCAUAAGAGGGCUGACUCUGUGGGCAACAGUUCCUCGGAAGAGGAGUCUUAUGUGUAA